ACUACAUAGAUUAUAUAUUCGCAGUGGCAUCUCUACUGGCUUCUGAAAAAAAUAGAAAGACUCAGCCAGCAAAUUGGGAUCCAGGUCAACUUAUCGAUAUUUAAUUGGAUUGCUUAAUUUAUUGUACACCUGCAGCGCUGCAGGCUGCAGAAAGGAAACCAUUCAUCUCAGAACCUCAUCAGCCCCCUUCCAGUUUUCUCUUCCCAGCGACGAUUCCUCCUGUCAAGAAAUGGCGGCAGGAGGAAAAACCAUAGAGAGCAACCCCAGCCUUCCGAAGGAACUGUCAUUUGACUAUUUGAAGAAAAUCACAAAGAAUUUCUCCAGUGAGCUAGAAAUCGGCAAAAGUCCAUUCGGAUCACUCUAUAAGGGGAUUCGGGAAGAUGGUGGAGCUAUUACUGUGAAGAAACUUGCAGAAAAUUCACCACUGUCAGCUGACGUAAUAUUUGAGAAAGAGGUCCAGAAUUUCAUGAAGGAUGAACAUGAAAAUAUAAUAAAGGUUGUUGGAUACUGCCGUGAAGGAAGAAGGAAAACGGUGAAAAGCAACAGAAAAUAUAUUGUUACAGAUAUCACUGAAACUCUACUCUGCUAUGAAUACUUACCUAUGGGAAGCCUUCAUGACAAUCUUGUUGAUGAAAGCAGUAGUAACAUCGACUGGGGCACACGAUUCAAUAUAGUCAAGGGGAUCUGCCGCGGCAUACAGUAUCUACACAACUUGGAGCCUAAGCCCAUUAUCCACUUGGAUCUGAACCCACAAAAUAUAUGGUUGGAUGAUAACAUGGUCCCCAAAAUUGCGAAUUUUGAAUUUGCCAGACUCUUUGGUAAAGAAAAAACCCAUAUGAAUACAAAAAGUGACGUGGGAUCAGUUGGAUACAUGGCUCCGGAGUACCUUCAUGAAGGUGAAAUAUCGGCCCAGUCCGACAUAUAUAGUUUAGGACUAAUGAUACUUGAGAUAGCCACAAGAGAAAAGAAUCAUUGCGGCUCUGAUGAGAGGCAUGCAAGGAAAUUUGUUGACGAAGUGAGCCGAGAUUGGAGAAAUAAAGAUGUCAUAAUGUUUGAGUACCCAGAUUUAGACGUGGAAGGCCUCAACCAAGUAAAAACCUGCAUCGACGUUGGUCUACAAUGCGUAGAGAUUGACCAGAAGAAGAGACCUUCCAUAGAAAAAGUUGUCAAGAUGCUCGGCCUUCCAUCGAACUAAUUUGUCAGAGGUAUCCCUAUCUCAAGCAAUUGUGAAACUUCGCUCCUUUUGAAGGACAGCCACCAAAGAUGAAAUAAAAGAUGCACUUUUCAUUAUAAAUUAAUAAGAUUCUUCGGUGCUAGAUCAUUUUGCAACAUUAAAUUCUUGUAUUCAAAGGAGAUUCCUGUCCAGAUAUUUCUUUAAUUUGUUUGUAAUAAUCGAGAUAGAACAGAUUUGUCGACUCAUCUUGUUGUCAGUUGUUGAAACAAAAAUUUUCCCUUU